AAUUCUGACUCUUUUCCAUUUGCGGGAAUUUCCUGCUGAAACUAUCGUAAACAUGGCAGACUGUGGAGAACCGGAUGGCCCUGACAACAAAGAUAAUAUCACACGCUCAAAAAAUGAAGGGAAGGAGUUAACCAAAGAGGAGAAGCAACGGCUGAGGAAACAGAAGAAACAACAGAAGAAACAGAAGGAAAGGAAGGAUGAGAAGGGCCCGUCAGAAACAGAGAAGGAAAAAACACCUGUGUCCCUGUUGCCACCACGACCUGUGGCAACACAGAAAGCUCCCUCAGCAUUGCCUGCCCCUGCCUCUGCACCAAUACCUGUGCCUGCCUCAGCUCCCUUCCACUCCUCUCCCGUCCCCUCCCCGGCAGACAAGCCAGCCAAGAGCAAAGCUGAGCUGAAGGCAGAGAGGAGAGCCAGGCAGGAGACUGACAGGGCCUCUAAACAACCGGGCUCCUCGUCCUCCAGCAUCAAGACCAAAGCCCCUCUCAGUGAACUAAACCCAGUGGUGAAGAGACUUCCMGAYCAUGUCCAGGUGGACGACCCUGCAGUGGUGAAAAGACUGGCCAAGAAGUUGGAGAGACAACAGCUUUCUCAAUCAAUGUCGGCCUCUGUCAGCGAGCAUGGGCAACGCAAUCAAGUACAUCAAGAAGGAAAUCUCCAAUAUUCCUAGCCAAUGCAAAGAGGAGGAGGCAAAGACCAAACUGCUGCAGUGUAUAGACCGUUACAUAGAGGAGAAGAUAGUUCUGGGCCAAGGCAUAUCUAAAUACGCUAUAGAGAAGAUCAGUGAUGGAGACGUCAUUCUAGUUUAUGGAUGGUGUUUAAUGAUAGUGGAAUACCGCUCCAAGGUGUUAAUGACUAAGUGGAAACCGCUCCAAAUACUACCUGAGGUAUCUAAGGUGUUCCUGGGUGCCCAUGCCCUGCUGGCUAAUGGCUACGUGAUGUCUCGUGUGGGCACCUCUCAGAUAGCUCUGGUGGCCAGGACCUUCAACGUGCCAGUCCUGGUCUGCUGUGAAACGUACAAGUUCUGUGAGAGGGUGCAGACUGACUCCUUUGUCUCCAAUGAGCUCGAUGACCCCGAUGACCUGAUGGUGACCGGAAGGGGAGACCAGCUGGGAGACUGGCAGGACGUCAGCUCCCUGGGUCUGUUGAACCUGGUCUACGACGUCACACCACCAGACUUUGUGGACCUUGUCAUCACAGACCUGGGCAUGAUCCCGUGCACCUUUCCUGUUGUUCUCAGGGUCAAAAACCUGGACCAGUAAGAGAUGGAAGGGGAAUGACAACAGGGGGG